GUGAUACUAAUGUUUUCAGUGAUCAUUUUGCUAAUAUAGCUACAAUGAAGCACCCAAUUUUCUAUGUUACUGUCCUCCUGGUAAUCGUAGGCUUGGUCCAAGCCCAAGAUUGCGCACUGGCUUCAGAUUUCAACGUGGACUGUGGAUACAGUGGGAUUACCCAGGCAGAAUGCGAAGGAAAAAACUGCUGCUUCGAUUCCACUAUCCCUGAAUCGAAAUGGUGCUUAUAUAAACCGGCAGAAGCUCCAGCUAAGAAAGCAGAAUGUACAGUGGACCCCAGUAUAAGAAUUGAGUGUGGAGACCCAGGGAUUACAGACAAAGACUGCAGGGGGAGCAAUUGCUGUUAUGAUGAAAGUAUUCCUGACGUUACAUGGUGCUUCCAAAAAGCAGCUCCAACAACAGGUAGGUUAUAUACAUUAUUCUUUUCUUUAUUCCCUGUGUGAUAUUUUUCUAUUACU